UGGAUUGGUGACCAUCCUUGCAACUAAGUUUUUUUUUAUUUUUAUUCCAGGUUACAUGGCGCAGUGGUUAUGUUCAACGCGUGAAGAGGAUGUUAGAGGCAGCCGGGCAUGGCGCAGCUGUUUUCUGCAUACUCACAUUCUGCGCUGUUUUGCAUGUGUGGAGUGAGGAGAAGGUUCAAAAGGGGGCAGCAACACCGCAAAGCUAUUUUCGGGAUCAAACACCCACGGGGGGCAAAAAAAAAAUGCGUAUCCACAAAGUGGAUGACACCACUGUGGAGUGUUUGGUGGCAAAAAUUGUGUCUGAUGUGUGUGUCUGGUGGUGAUGACCAACCAUGACCAUGACCCCUUGACAUCAUCCUUGGGCUCCCUUGUUCCCAUCUUUCUAUCCCUACAUUCCACUUUCAUUCAUCCUUCAUCCUAUUCAAACCUGACAAAGAUGGCAUCCGUAGCUGUUGACCCAGCCGACCCGCUGGCGCUUCACAAGCUGGUCUUUCUGAACAAGGUCCACACCCUCAAGAUGUACCUGGCCCCCUACAAGGCAUCACACCAUCCCUCUCACACCCAUGCAAACGACAUCAGCUCACACCCCAGCCAGGCUCAGGAAAAACAGCAGCAAGGGACGUCUUCACAGGAUGAGAAGGCAAAGCCAUUGCAUCAUCCCAGCAUCAACACCAUGGACAACCACUUUCACACUCCGUUACAUCUGGCAGUAAUGCUGAACCGCAAAGACAUGGUCGGGAUCCUCUUGAAGGCAGGAGCCAACCCUGUGGCACGUUCCGGAUCAGGAUGGACACCACGACAGGAGGCUACAAGUCUGGGGAACCGCGAAUUGAUCGAGAUGUUGACAAGGUACCAGCGCAAGGAGUUCUCGGGCUCGUUCAAGACCAAGGCCAUGAACCUCGUCAAGCAGCUGUCCACGGAUCUUGAUCAAUUCUACUUUCAAUUGCAAUGGGAGUUUCAGAGCUGGGUGCCAUUCGUAAGUGGAUUGUGUCCGAAUGACACUUAUCACAUCUGGAAGAAGGGCAAUUGCGUUCGCAUGGAUACUUCUCUCGUUGGAUUUGAGAACUUGAAGUGGAUCAGAGGACAUAUUUCGAUCAUCUUUCGGGUCGACCCCGAAUCAGGCCCAGAAUUGGUGGUUGUGGAUAGAAUAAAAAAGAUCACACAGCGACUGGCGAAAUCGUCUGACGAUGACCACAAGCAGGAUUAUGAACCCACGGACGAAGAAAUUGAGGAAGAAGUAUCUACCUGCUUCAACUCGGAAAUUACUUCGACAAAUGUGCCGACGUCUGCGAUCAAGUUUCAAAGAGCCAAGACGGGACUUUGGGGCUACAGAACCAACAAAGUUGAGAAGGUCGGCGAAUUCGAUUGCGCGGUCUGGAAGAUGGACGGCGUCGAGUUCCGUACUCGGGUGAGAUCUGAGCAUCUGAGGGACGAAACUGGAAAGCCUAUUCAGGCCUUGAAACGGAUGUCCCAUGGCCAUGGAGGACAUAAGCAUCAGGUUCCGCAUCAGCGUCAUCAUCAGCAUGAAGGCGCGAUUGAAGCAAGCGGACAUGUAGAAAGCGGCGAACCCGAAAAGGGUGUUGUGCUCAAGUUUGGUGCGGAUAGAGCGGAAAAACGAGGAGGACGAGGCGCUCAGCCAAGGCGACCUAUUCACCAACCUCUGUUUUCGCCUUUUGCAGCAGAGCCGGAGAGCGAGUCUAAUCGUGGUGAAGCAAUCGUCGGAGAUGAGAAUCAGACAAAACAGCAAGUGUCGUUUACGGCGCCCGGAUCGAAUACUACAGGAGCACCAGGAGAGGGAGCGGCUCUCUCAAUCCCUAAGAAGCACACACGGAGUACGGGGACCAUCUCGGAUGAUGCAUUUUUCGAGACGGCUCUUCAGGAAGCCGAGGGAGAGAUGAACGAGGGCGAUGAGAGUGAGGACGAGGAUCAAGAUCCGCAAGUCAUGUAUCGCGAAUCAUUGACGCCACCACCUGCGACGAGAGUUACGUUCGAGGAGUACUUUGAUCCAUCGAAGCAAGGGGAAUUGCAUCUGGGACGACCGUUGGAACAAAAAGAAUCGCGCAAGACCUUUGGUGCGACCCUAUGGAUGUAUGACAGCAAUAACAGUAGUAAGACAGGGAGCGGGUCCUCGACGCUUCACGAGAACAGUUCACAAGCGUCGAUCGGCGCGUCUUCUGUGGCAUCCUCACAGGGAAGUCUUUUCGGCAACAAGGCCCAGACGCAGGCGCCGCAGUUCCCGUUGACGAUCGAGAAGAUCCUACCGCUGUUGGAGGUGGUUGGGAUGGAUAACAACCGAUUGGUGGGCAAGCUGAAGGAGUUUCUGGAAUUCCAGUUGCCGCCAGGUUUCCCGAUCCGGGCGAACAUCCCGGUGUAUCCGUCAUUGUCGGCGGAUGUGACGUUUGUGAAUUAUGAUGCGCAGAGGAUUAUUGAAGACGAGAUGUUUGAGAUCCCGGGGGAGAGCCAGGGGUAUGCGGAGGGAUUUAUUAUCAGGCGCGGAGGGGAAGAUGACACCUAAGGAGGGAGCAAAGACGACGUUAAAAAAUAUAGAAACGAGUGGGUGGAUAGACUGACUGGUCGCGCAGUAAAAUACAUAAAUAAAUAAAUAAACCUGUU